GCCUUUCUCCCCCUUCCUCUGAGCCAAAACCGAGCCCUGAAUCUCUCCACUAAAUCCCGAGCAAGAGCGAACAUUAACAACAUAUAUUUGAGCAAGAUACGAGAAACAGUCACUUACGCUAAGUGUCAACUUCUUUGUUCUACACGAGUUCUCUAGAUACAUCACGUUCCUGCGGCGUCGUGGUCUUUUACGUUGUAUCGUACUUCGAAUAUUUCGUAGUACUCUUCUUUUUUUUUAUCUACCGUUACUUUGUCAGCCAUCCGACCGGAUCGACCUCAACCGUUUACCUGUCGACUAGACAUUCCUGCCGCAACGUCUUUAACCCCCCCUCCCUAGGAUCAUCAUCAACCUUACCUCCCCCUAUUCGUUUAGCUUCUGGUAUUUCGAAGCCCGCAAAAACCCCUCCACCGCUCCCCUUGCAUUAUGGUUCAACGGCGGCCCAGGUUCAUCCUCCAUGAUCGGUCUCUUCCAAGAACUUGGACCUUGCAGGAUUAACAAUGACACUACCACUGUCUCUCUCAAUCCUUUUUCUUGGAACAACAACGCCAAUGUCUUAUUCAUCGAUCAACCGGUUGGAGUAGGAUUCAGCCAUGGUGAUAUGAAAGUAGGAACGUCGCAGGAGGCAGCCGCGGACGUGUGGACAUUCCUGCAGAUAUUCUUCAAGGAUAAAAGGUUUUCGAAUCUGGUUGGGAGGGAACUGGCGAUCUGGACAGAGUCGUAUGGAGGGCAUUAUGGGCCUGCGUUCGCUGCGCAUUUCCUUUCUCAAAAUGCUGCGAUCGAGUCGGGAAAGAUAUCCGGGAUCCCGUUGAAUUUGAGGGUGUUGGGCGUCGGUGACGGAUUGACGGAUCCUCUCGUACAAUACGCGGGCUAUAUCACAUACGCUGCUUCGAACCCAUACCACCCACUAGUAUCGCAAAGCGUUAUCGCUCAGGCCAACACAUCAUGGACUCAAAGCAACGGAUGUCGGGAUCAGAUCACGGCAUGCUAUAACGGAGGUACCAACUCCGUAUGCUCCUCCGCCCAAUCGUUCUGCAACAGCAGAAUUCUCAACCCACUUGUCGGUCCUUUCGACGUAUACUACAUCCUCGCACGCGACCCAGACCCCUAUCCACCCGAUUUUACUACAUUUAUCAACUCCGUUCGUACCCGCAUAGGAGGCGAAGUUACCUGGGCGAAAAGUAGUAGCCAGGUACACGCCAAUUUCGCGAACACGGGUGAUUGGAUGAGGAAUUCGAGGCCGGAUUUGGAGACAGUGAUCAACGCUGGCGUCCGCGUUAUUGUCUAUGAUGGAGACGCAGAUUACAUUCUGAACUUUAACGGAGUUGAAGCGAUGGUUGACGCCCUCAAUACCAAGUUCAGCGCAACAUACAAAACCCAAGUCUUUCAACCUUACACUGUCCGUGGUCAACUUGCGGGACAGUUCAAGAAUGCGGGAUCGUUCUCGUACAUUAGAAUAUAUGGCUCUGGGCAUGAGGUACCUGCGUACAAGUUCGGAUCGUUGGCCACCGGGGAAGCUGCGUUCCAGAUGUUUUCGCAGAUCAUGUCAAACCAGUCCUUAUCGUCCACAUGAUCCAUUACCGGCACGAAGUCGGUUAUAUAAACUGGGGGGAAAGAGCUUUCAGAAGUGUUUAAAAAAGGAUGUACGGGCAUCCGUAUCCAAAGUACCAAAGCCAUAAAAAAAAAUAGCCUCCUGCGGUAUCUCGUCUUUGUUUGAAAUCCUCUUUAGUAUCAAACAGAUUCAUCCCCAUAGCCAAUUCAUAUGUGAUUGUUUCCGACUGCGAUGUCUAUUAGAUUCUUGCCACGAACAGAAGACGAGGUAGCCUGC